UCCUGGCUGCUGGGCAGAACUGAGGCUACACUAGCCCCAGCUCUUUCCCCUUCCCGCUGUCCUUGACAGCCACGGCUCUCUUCCCUCAGCCACUGGUAGAAGUUUUAGCCAACACUCUAUCUACACUAAGGCCUCUCCACAUACACAACAAAUGUCAUGUCGAGGAACAUGUUUAAGCAUGAUUGAUAUGCCUCAGGAACGUAGUGGUGUUUGGUCUUGUCUUUGGAACUGGAGUUUAUGUAUUGGCUCCACUGUUUAAUUUGUAGUGUAAGCAUCCAAAGGCUGGAAACCUUAGUUCUUUAGCAAGAUGCUAAUGUGCACAGGUCCAAAAAGUAAAUUCAAAUUACAAAAGUUAUUCAUUCAUUCAUAGCUUACUUUUUUGGGGGGGGAAUAGCAGUGAGGCAGAACUCAUGAGCAAGAUAGUCUUGUGUACUAUUAUUCCCCAAGUCCCUUGUAUCAGUUGAUGGUUAUCUCAUUCAGAUUGCUAAAACUGGUCCCACUAGCAAACUGCCACAGUAACACAAAAAUAUUUUAUUAUAACACCAUGUUGUUAUGCUAAUAUUUGAAAGGGUGUGUGACGUUCAUUUGUAAAAUGAAAUAAAUGGAGAUUUUUCAAUUGAUCUGUUGUCUUUUGGAUCAGAUCUGUAGAAAUGUGCUUUUCAGAAAUGUCUAGUUAUUGUUUUUUUUCCUUUUUGAAUAGGAAACCUCCAUUUUAGAGGAGUAUAAUAUUAACUGGACUCAGAAGCUGGGAGCUGGAAUCAGUGGUCCGGUUAGAGUCUGCGUGAAAAAAUCUACUCAAGAACGAUUUGCACUGAAAAUUCUUCUUGAUCGUCCAAAAGCUAGAAAUGAGGUACGUCUGCACAUGAUGUGUGCAACACAUCCAAAUAUUGUUCAAAUUAUUGGAGUUUAUGCUAACAGUGUGCAGUUCCCUCAUGAAUCCAGUCCAAGGGCUCGGCUUCUAUUUGUAAUGGAGAUGAUGGAAGGGGGAGAGCUAUUUCACAGAAUCAGCCAGCACCGGCACUUUACUGAGAAGCAAGCAAGCCAAGUAACAAAGCAGAUAGCUUUGGCUUUGCAGCACUGUCACUCAUUAAACAUUGCACAUAGAGACCUCAAGCCUGAGAAUCUCCUCUUCAAGGAUAACUCUUUGGAUGCUCCAGUUAAGUUGUGUGACUUUGGAUUUGCCAAGAUAGACCAAGGAGACUUGAUGACGCCCCAGUUCACGCCGUACUAUGUAGCACCUCAGGUCCUAGAGGCACAAAGACGACAUCAGAAAGAGAAAUCUGGUAUUAUCCCUACCUCACCAACACCCUACACUUAUAACAAGAGCUGUGACUUGUGGUCCCUGGGUGUCAUUAUUUAUGUGAUGCUGUGCGGAUACCCUCCUUUUUACUCCAAACACCACAGUCGGACAAUUCCAAAAGACAUGCGGAAAAAGAUCAUGACAGGAAGUUUUGAGUUUCCAGAGGAAGAAUGGAGCCAGAUCUCAGAAAUGGCAAAAGACAUUGUGAGAAAGCUGCUGAAGGUAAAGCCCGAGGAACGGCUGACUAUAGAAGGAGUCCUGGAUCAUCCCUGGCUAAACUCCACUGAAGCGCUUGAUAACAUUUUGCCCUCUGCCCAACUGAUGAUGGACAAGGCAAUGGUUGCUGGGAUACAGCAGGCUCAUGCAGAGCAGCUUGCUAACAUGAGAAUCCAAGACCUCAAAGUCAGCCUCAAACCCCUACACUCUGUCAACAACCCAAUUCUGCGCAAGAGGAAAUUGCUAGGAACCUUCUCCAAUUUAUCAAUAUCCUUCUUAAACUGUGAACUGGACACUGUGUUCCAGCGGUGGUCUCAUCAGUGCCAAAUACAGAGUACUAAGCCGAAGGAUGGUGUCUAUAUCCAUGAUCCUGAAAAUGGAAGCGACGAUUCUAAUGUGGCACUGGAAAAGCUCAGAGAUGUGAUUGCACAGUGUAUCCUGCCACAGGCUGGUAAAGGAGAGAAUGAAGAUGAGAAACUGAAUGAAGUAAUGCAGGAAGCAUGGAAAUAUAAUAGGGAGUGUAAGUUACUGCGAGACACUCUACAGAGCUUCAGCUGGAAUGGCAGAGGGUUCACCGAUAAGGUGGACCGGCUGAAGCUGGCAGAAAUAGUGAAACAAGUUAUCGAAGAGCAGACAAACUCUCAUGAUUCACAAUAGCUAGAGCUUCUUAAUUUUUUUUUUACCAUUUGAGAGUUAUUCUUUACAUGUAAAAUAUUUUUAUGUAAAUUAAUAAAUCAUAAUUAUUUCAUUAAAUUUCCACACUGCUUGAAAAUGCUGUAUAGUUGUAGAUACAAAAAUCAUUGGUACUGUAAUAUUUUUUUAAAACUCAGUUCCUCAAGUUAUAUAUGAACACUCACAUGUUCUGUUAAUUCAUGAGUCCCUUGCUUGGAGCAAAUUAUAUUGUUAAAGGCUGUUUGUUUUCUUAUAAUCAGCUGCAGAAGUAGCCUUCCAUCUGCUAUACAGUCAGCUGCAAUGACUAAGUAUGUGAAUGAGACAACCACAGUUUCUUAGCCUUUUACUCAGUAAGUAUUUGAAGCAAGUGCUGUGUAACAAACUUCAUGGACACUUUUUCAGUUAAAACCUGCAGCAUUGUAGGGACAGCAGAAUAACCUUCACUUCUGCCAGAUAACCUAAGAGCCACUAUUUAGCAUUACAAAGGAGAUGUGAACUCAAAUCCAUACACUUGCUAUAAUUUUCAGUUCUGAUUGAUAAUUCUGUAUCUUUUCACCAGCUCCACCUCUUCUUCCUGGCUUCACCAGGACUGGGCUGUUCAAUAAGAGAUUCCCCUUCAUUUUGAAACAGCAGGGGAACACUUUAGUGAUUUAUGCUUAGUAUUUUUAUUUUAAUGGGGAUAGCUCCUUCAGGCAGCAAUGCAUGGGUGGUUGUUUGUUUUUCCCCAGAUGAAUAAAUGAGCCUGAAGGGUUUUUUCCACCACUUUCCCAUUUUCCUUCUGGAAUAUAUAACCCCACAGAAGCAUAGAAUCCAGCUUUUCCUCCUGCGUGGAAGGGUUCAACCCUUGUCUAAUCACAAUGCUGCUCUGCAAGUUGGCUAGCAGUCCCCCAUCUGUGUCCAUCAUUGGAGUCCAAGCAUAUCAACACUCUGAUUUUCUCAAGCUUCAUCUGCCUAGGAAGGGUUAGAGCUGCCUCCAACUCAAGUCCCCAUGGUGCAGCAUAUUAUGAAGGCUAUCAAGGGCAAAUCCAUACACUAGCCUAAAACUUUGGCUCAAAAGUUUAAAAAGAAAAAGAUGCUUUUUAUUUAAAAAAAUCUGUAAAUAUAUCUAGUUUUCUAUCUUCUGAUACUUUCCUUUCUUUUGAGACUCGUGGAAGGCUUUUUAUAGAGAUAUUUUUGGUACCAUACAUGUGCAGACAUGGAGAACGUAAGGUCUGCAGACAAAAGUGCCAAUUCCAGGGCUAUUAGGAGUAAUUGCUCUUGAACUUUGUUACAUUUGAUAGCUCAUUAGUCUUGGAUUUACUUUUAACAACCUGAGCCAUAAAUCUCCCAGUGUACUCAUUAUGGCAGUUGGGCCACAUUCAGUCUUUUUUUAAAAUUAGAUUUCCUCUUAAGUCUUUGCUUUGACUGGCUUUGCCUUGUCUGAGACUUUUUGUAUGAAUUUGUAAACAGUAACUUAGUUUUUCCUACAAGGCAUUGUUUCAGUUUGCACUCUUUUCCAGUGCAGACAUUAUCUGUGUGUUGGCUGUCUUUUGAUCUUUUUCAACAGAACUUCCACUGCUUAAGCUUUAAACUGCCUGAUUAUUGCAAUUUUAGGAGAGUCUCCUUACUUAACUAGCACCUUCCCUGACUGCAAUGGGAGAUUUUUGCCUAAGUAAGAAUUGUACCCGUAAGCUCUACAUAGAAUACUUCUGCACUGACCCAUACUAAUGAGAGAGGUAGUGAACUAGCAGGCAAUGAAUAAUGGUUUUAUGUUUCCAUGAUGGAAAUCUAAUUUUGUGGGAAAGUGAACUUAAUCUCUGGCUAAUUCUGGUCGGUUACUUUUCUGCCCCAUAAAAAUACAUGAGAUGGGAAUAUCUUGCAAAGUUGUGCUCCAUAAACAUGGAUACUGAAGCAGUCCUUCAUAAAAAGAGAUGACCUCUUCUGACUGAGGCAUAAGUACAAUACAGUAGAAGAAAUGAGCAUUCUUCACUUCUCUAUAGUAGCAGCUGCAAGACCUCGGGCUUGUACACCUUUCCUUUGCACUAAUCGCCAGCUUGUGUCAACAUCCAUAGUCUUUUAAAUAGUCAAGUUUUUUUAAACUUUCCCUCAAAGUCUGUUUUUCCUGGGACAGCUUAAUUGUCAAUUUUUAAGCAUGGUGCAUAGAGAAUUGAAGAAGGAAUUUGUGUUGAAAUUUUUAUUGGAAUUAUUGCUAAUACCCCACAAACUGCUUUGGAGCUUUAUCUUGUAAGCCAGGAAGCCCAAAUCUUGCCCAAUUAGGCAUCACAGAGGCCUCUUUCCAGGAGCCCAAGGCCACGUGGUUGUCCUCCUCUUUAAUAUGGAAUGCUAACCAACAAAAUAUACUGGUCCCAGAAUGCCAUGCCAACCAAUUUCUGUUUUGUCAGCAAGAUGGAAUAGAGCAUGCAGGGAUCUCUUCUCUCAUGCAUAUUGCAUAUUUAACUAGGCUUGCCAUGUGCAAGUCCAUUGGCCAAACUUUGGGCACUUCUGCCUUACCCAGUGACCUGGUAUUUUCAUCUUGCUUUGUUUUGGAAAUGAAACCAAGAUGAGAUUCCCCAAAACCCUUUUGGUGGUGCUAUUGUGUACCCAUCUCUAAGAAAUCACUUCAAACAGUUCCCACAAGACAAAAUAUCCAUUUUACCAAAAGCCUUAGUGUGUGUGGUAGCAACUACUACUAGGAGAAAUCCAAACCAGGGCUAGAAAAUGGCAAUGAAAACCUAGAACUGGCUUAUCAAUUACUGAGCAUUGUGAUUUGAGUUCCCUCCUCCAUUUAUCUGUUUUAAUGUAGAUAAAUAACAGAAUGGAUUCAUGCCAUUAGUAAUUGCAAGAUGGGUAAAUUCAAACCUGACUUAGAAUUGUUUCAGUAUUUUAACAGAACAAGUUUAGAGGAGGAGAAGUCAACUUUUCAAGUCUGUGGUGGAAAAACUGCCUUGUGUAAGUUUUCUUUGAUUAUAUUGUCCAUGUACUAAUGAGAAUAGACUAAUUUUUUAAAUGUGUGUAGGAAGGAAGGAAUUAAAAUGACACUAGUUGAAACAGAAGAUCAAAUGGUUUUAUAAAACUGAUUAAAAAUGAUAAUUUUGCUUUUUAAAAAUUGCCACGUUUUUAAUUCAAAAUUAAAUACACCGAUAUUAUUUAAAUAUUUUAAAGUCAAUUUUUAUGUUUUCUGCCCUAUAUUUGUAUUUCUUAGUGGAUGAAACUGCCACUAUUUUUAUCUUCUGUAUGCAUAUUUUUAUUUUGCAAUAUACUUCACCAGUCCUCGUUAGCAGACUGUAAUAGUUUUGAUAUCUUGAAAGUGUCUGAUGAAUGGAAUCCCAAAAAAGAACCCUUCUUUAUAAAAAGAUAAAGGAUAAAGGAAGCUAUUUUGGGUGGGAUCCUUUUGGUUUGUAAAUAAAACUAAAAUGAAUCUUUGCCUGAAAUUUCCUGACCUUUAGGGUUUUUUAAACAUAUAGAUGGCUUAUCUUGUGACUUGACUAUUUGGGGCUAUUAAAAAAAAAAAAGAUUAGAAUAACUUUUCUAAAAAGAGACCGCAUUGGUGUGGAAAUAGCAAGAUGUAAGUUUUGAUAUCAUUACCUCGUUUAUCCUUUGGAACUCUUUCUUGGAGCCCUUCAUAUGCUAUGUUUAAGUUCCGUGUAUUAAGAAUAUUUUCAUUUCUCCUGUUCAGUGCUAUCUGUAAUAUUUUAGUUCAUUUUGGAUCAGUAUUAGAUUGUAAAUAUUAUUCAUCAGUGUACAUAAAAAUGAUUUUACUAAA